AUGUCUUAUGGAAGGAAAGAUUUCCUCAGCCAGCCGGCUCCAGAGAACUAUGUCGCCGGUCUUGGUCGAGGUGCCACCGGGUUCACUACACGAUCAGAUUUGGGACCGGCGCGAGAAGGCCCAACGCCAGAGCAGAUUCAAGAAGCCUUAGCAAAAAGAGCGCAGCAACUAGGUGCUCCCACGCCCACAGCGUACAAUACCAGUCGCGAAAAGGGCGGCAAAGGCAAAGAACAGGAAGCGGAAGAAGAGGACGAUGAGCGUUUUCAAGAUCCAGAUAACGAAGUCGGGCUUUUCGCAUACGGCACAUAUGAUCGCGAAGAUGAUGAAGCAGACUUGAUAUAUCAGGAGGUAGAUGAGAAAAUGGAUCGGAGGCGCAAAGCUAGAAGGUCAGUUAUUUUUGUUUUCCCCCAGCGCACUGCCCUAUUUCCCUGUGAAAUUUUGUACAUUCAUGUCAAGAAUCUCGGUUUCGUUUAUUUGCCUUUCAUAUAUUUAUUGUGGACAGAGUGCCGACUUGAUCCUUUCGCUGCCUUUAGGGAAGCCCGCGAACAACAAGAACGAGAAGAAUACGAAAAGAAUAAUCCCAAAAUCCAACAACAAUUCGCAGACCUGAAACGCUCACUAGCUACGGUAUCAGACGAGGAGUGGGCAAAUAUUCCUGAUGUCGGCGACCUUACGGGGAAGAAUCGACGUGCUCGACAGAACCUGCGACAACGGUUCUAUGCGGUUCCAGAUAGUGUAAUUGCAGGUGCCAGGGACUCUGCUCAGUUUGAAACUACAAUCGCCGACGAUGGCACCCAAACAGAACUCCCUGGAGCCGCCGCUGGUGAUGGCACUCUGACGAAUUUUGCAGACAUCGGUGCUGCUCGAGACAAAGUCCUUCAAGUACGCCUCGACCAGGCAGCACUUGGCGCCUCUGGUGAUGCUGCUGCAUCUGGCAGUUCGACCAGCAUCGACCCGAAGGGAUACCUCACCAGUCUUACAAAGUCCGAAUUGAAAGCCGGCGAAGUGGAAAUUGGCGACAUCAAGCGCGUCCGAGUUUUACUUGAGUCAGUUACGCGUACAAAUCCCAAACAUGCACCGGGAUGGAUUGCUAUUGCUCGAUUAGAAGAAAUAGCGGGAAAAAUUGUCGCUGCUCGAAAUUAUAUUGCGAAAGGGUGUGAACUAUGUCCGAAGAGUGAGGAUGCCUGGCUGGAGAAUAUCAGGCUCAACGACAAUCACAAUGCCAAGAUCAUUGCAGCAAAUGCUAUCAAACACAACGAUCGGUCGACCAUGUUGUGGAUCGAAGCGAUGAAGCUCGAGUCGGAUACCAGGGCCAAAAAGAAUGUCUUGAGACAGGCCCUCCUACACAUUCCCCAGUCAGUCGCAAUUUGGAAAGAGGCAGUGAAUCUCGAAGAUGACCCAGCAGACGCCCGACUUCUCCUUGCCAAGGCCACUGAAAUGAUACCUUUGUCUGUGGAGCUUUGGCUUGCACUGGCCCGUUUAGAAACACCGGAGAAUGCUCAGAAAGUGUUGAAUGCCGCUCGCAAGGCAGUCCCCACGAGCCACGAGAUUUGGAUCGCCGCCGCUCGAUUGCAGGAACAAAUGGGUACGGCGCACAAAGUCAAUGUUAUGAAAAGAGCUGUUCAGAUCCUUGCUCGUGAGAAUGCUAUGCCGAAAAGGGAAGAAUGGAUUACUGAAGCUGAGACUUGCGAGGAAGAAGGCGCCAUAUUGACGUGUGGAGCAAUCAUUCGCGAGACUCUUGGGUACGGACUUGACGAGGAUGAUGACCGUAGAGAUAUCUGGAUGGAGGAUGCCAAGGCAAGCAUUGCUCGCGGUAAAUACGAGACGGCACGAGCAAUCUACGCCUAUGCUCUACGUGUAUUUGUCACCAGCAAGACCACUUGGCUUGCUGCGGCGGACUUGGAACGCAACCACGGAACCAAGGAGGCAUUAUGGCAAGUACUCGAGAAAGCAGUUGAGGCAUGCCCGCAAAGCGAAGUUCUCUGGAUGCAACUCGCCAAGGAGAAAUGGCAAGCUGGCGAGAUAGACAAUGCCCGACUUGUUCUCAAGCGUGCAUUUGCGCGAAACCCCAACAACGAAGAUAUUUGGCUUGCAGCUGUCAAACUGGAGACAGAUGCAAAGGAGACGGAACACGCUAGAGAGCUUUUGAGCACUGCUCGCCGCGAAGCAGGCACAGAUCGCGUGUGGAUCAAAAGUGCUGCAUUUGAGCGUCAGCUAGGGAAUAUGGACGAGGCCCUUGACCUCGUCAACCAAGGCCUCCAAAUUUACCCCAAGGCCGACAAGCUCUGGAUGAUAAAGGGACAGGUAUACGAGUCUCAAAAGAGAUACCCGCAGGCCCGGGAAGCUUACGGUACUGGCACAAGGGCUUGUCCUCAGUCAGUACCAUUGUGGCUUUUGGCGUCACGACUUGAAGAGAAGGCAGGCGUGGUGGUGAAGGCUCGUUCAAUCCUCGAUAGAGCUCGGCUCGCGGUCCCCAAGAAUGCAGAGUUAUGGACCGAAAGUAUCCGAGUCGAGCGACGUGCGAACAAUAUCAAUCAGGCCAAGGUCCUCAUGGCCAAGGCACUCCAGGAAGUUCCCAACUCCGGGCUACUAUGGACCGAAAAGAUCUGGUACCUUGAAGCUCGUACGCACCGAAAACCUCGAAGUCUAGAAGCAAUCAAGAAGGUGGACAACGACCCCAUCCUCUUCGUUACAGUUGCACGCAUAUUCUGGGAUGAGCGUCGACUAGAAAAGGCGAUGACAUGGUUUGAGAAAGCCAUUCUGGCAGACAGUGACCAGGGCGACUCAUGGGCCUGGUAUUACAAGUUCCUGACGCAGCACGGGACGGAAGAGAAACGACAGGACGUUGUCUCUAAAUGCAUCAUCAGCGAACCCAAGCACGGAGAGAUUUGGCAGUCAGUGACAAAGGAUCCAACAAAUUUCAAUAAGUCUACCGAGGAGAUUUUGAAAAUGGUGGUGGAACAGUUGCCGCGUCAAUGA